AUGGAGCGGCUUGGCAUAGUAUCGCCUGACGUAGUUACCUACAAUACGCUUGUUGAUGCAUGCUUCAAGUGUCAGCGCUCUUGUGAUGCACUGAAUCUGCUUGAGGAAAUGCGUGACAAAGGGGUGAAGGCAAGUUUGGUCACACAUAACAUUGUUGUGAAGGGGCUCUGCUGCGAGGGGCAAUUGGAAGAAGCAUUAGGGCGUCUGAAAAUGAUGGCAGCGGAGGGGCUGGCACCAGAUGUGAUUACACACAAUACAUUAAUUGAUGCAUACUGCAAAGCCGGCAAUGUUGCAAAAGCAUUCUUGUUGAUGGAUGAGAUGGUGGGAAGGGGACUCACAAUGGACACUUUCACCCUAAACACUUUGCUGUACAACCUAUGCAAAGAGAAGCGUUAUGAAGAGGCUGAGGAGCUCUUGCAUUCACCGCCACAGAAGGGUUUUGUACCUAACGAAGUCAGUUAUGGUACAGUGAUGGCAGCCUACUUUAAGGAGUCUAAUCCAGAGCCUGCUCUGCGUCUGUGGGAUGAAAUGGUCAAGAGGAAGUUAACGCCAAGUAUUUCUACUUACAACACAUUGAUCAAAGGGCUUUCUACAAUGGGGAAGUUGACACAGGCAAUUGAUAAAUUGAAUGAGCUGAUGGAGAAUGGGUUGGUACCAGACGACACCACAUACAAUAUCAUCAUCCAUGCCUACUGUAAGGAAGGGGACUUGGAGAAAGCUUUCCAGUUCCACAACAAGAUGGUGGAAAAUUCCUUUAAGCCAGAUGUUGUUACCUGCAACACUUUAAUGAAUGGGCUUUGUCUGUAUGGCAAGCUUGAGAAAGCGAUGAAGCUUUUCGAGUCAUGGGUAGAGAAAGGGAAGAAGGUUGAUGUUAUCACAUAUAACACCUUAAUUCAAGCUUUGUGCAAACAUGGCGAUGUCGAUACAGCUUUGUGUUUCUUUGCUGACAUGGAGGUCAGAGGCUUGCAGCCUGAUGCAUUUACAUACAAUGUUGUGUUGUCUGCACUAUCUGAGGCAGGGCGACCAGAGGAAGCACAUAAUAUGUUGCAUAAAUUGGAGGAGAGCGGAAAAUUAUAUGAAAGAUUUUCUUAUCCUUCCAUGAAAUCUUCUGUGGAGGAAGUGGAGACAGGGAAGGGCCCAGAGGUUAAAUCUGGUGGUGAUCAGGAGAGCUAUAAUAAAUCUGUAAAUGAACUCUGCAUUGGUGGGCAACUGAAAGAAGCCAAGGCUGUUUUGGAUGAGAUGAUGCAAAGGGGCAUGUCUGUUGACAGUUCAACCUAUAUCACUUUGAUGGAAGGCCUUAUCAAAAGGCAAAAGAGGCAAACACAUGCAGCUGGAUAG